AUGCCGGGCGACACUGCGACUCUCCACCCCCCGCGUUUGGCGGCCAUAUUUGCGGGCUCGCCCAGUGCGCCGGGCACACCGGUGCACUCCAUCCAGACCAUGCGUCGCAAGGCAGCGGGCCAUUCUGGCCCUCUCACUAAGAUCCUCGUCGCGAACCGCGGUGAAAUUGCCAUCCGUGUCUUCCGUACCGCGCACGAGCUUGCUAUGCAUACGGUCGCCAUCUACUCCUACGAAGACCGCCUCUCUGCUCAUCGUCAGAAGGCCGACGAGGCAUAUCAAGUCGGGAAGGGUCUUACCCCCGUCGGCGCGUACCUUGCCCAGGACGACAUCAUCCGCAUUGCUCUCGAGCAUGGCGUGGACAUGAUCCACCCAGGGUACGGCUUCCUUUCUGAGAAUGCCGAGUUUGCGCGCAAGGUCGAGAUGGCCGGCCUCGCGUUCGUUGGGCCUUCCCCCGAGGUGAUUGACUCGCUCGGUGACAAGACCAAGGCGAGGGCAAUUGCCAUCAAGAUUGGCGUUCCUGUUGUCCCUGGUACGCCAGGCCCUGUUGACUCCUGGACCGAGGCAGAUGCCUUCAUUAAGGAGUGCGGCUUCCCUGUGAUCAUCAAGGCCGCUAUGGGUGGUGGCGGCCGUGGUAUGCGUGUCGUCCGUGAGCAGUCCGACUUCCAGUCCUCAUUUGAGCGUGCUGUUUCCGAGGCCAAAUCCGCCUUUGGUGACGGCACCGUGUUCAUCGAGCGCUUCCUCGAGCGCCCGAGGCACAUCGAAGUGCAGCUCCUGGCGGAUGCCGUAGGCAACACGGUUCAUCUCUUCGAGCGUGACUGUUCCGUGCAGCGGCGUCAUCAAAAGGUUGUCGAGGUUGCACCCGCGACACAUCUUCCCGAGGAGGUCCGCCAGGCCAUUUGGGCCGAUGCAAUCAAGCUCGCGAAGAGCGUGGGAUACAGAAAUGCCGGCACGGCUGAGUUCUUGGUCGAUCAGAUGGGAAGACACUACUUCAUCGAGAUCAACCCGCGUAUUCAGGUCGAGCACACAAUUACAGAGGAGAUUACGGGCAUCGACGUUGUUGCAGCGCAGAUUCAGAUCGCGGCGGGCGCGACUCUCACACAACUAGGGCUCACCCAAGAGGCCAUCACAAAGCGUGGCUUCGCUAUCCAGUGCCGUGUCACGACUGAGGACGCGUCGCAGAAUUUCCAGCCUGACACCGGUAAGAUCGAAGUGUAUCGUAGCGCUGGUGGAAACGGUGUUCGCCUGGAUGCGAGCUCUGGCUUUGCGGGAGCACAGAUCACGCCGCACUACGACAGCCUGCUUGUUAAGGUCACGGUCAGCGGUACGACGUAUGAGGUCGCGCGCAGAAAGAUGCUCCGUGCUCUCGUUGAAUUCCGUAUCCGUGGGGUCAAGACCAACAUCCCGUUCCUGUUCCGUCUCCUGACGCAUGACGUCUUCAUUGGUGGAAAGACGUGGACCACAUUCAUCGACGACACUCCUGAGCUCUUCAAGCUCGUUCAAUCUCAGAACCGUGCCCAGAAGCUGCUCGCCUACCUCGGUGACCUUGCCGUAAACGGCAGCUCCAUCAAGGGCCAGCAGGGCGAACCCGGGUUCAAAGAUGAGAUCGUUGUGCCCGUGUUCCAGAACCGUGAUGACCCCAAUGGCCCUCCCCUCGAUGUAUCAGAACCAUGCACACUGGGCUGGCGCAACAUCAUCGUCGAGCAAGGCCCUGAGGCCUUUGCGAAGGCUGUGCGCGAGUACCCAGGUGUUCUUAUCAUGGACACAACAUGGCGUGAUGCGCAUCAAAGUCUGCUUGCCACAAGACUGAGGACGAUAGACAUUGCCAAUAUCGCGAAGGAGACUAGCUGGGCGCUAGCGAAUGCGUUCAGUCUAGAGUGUUGGGGUGGGGCGACCUUCGAUGUGGCGAUGCGCUUCCUAUAUGAGGACCCUUGGGAGCGUCUGCGUACCCUUCGUAAGCUUGUGCCGAACAUUCCCCUGCAAGCUCUUGUUCGUGGUGCCAACGGUGUCGGUUACACAAGCUAUCCUGACAAUGCCAUCUACGACUUCUCCAAGAAGGCCGUCGAGAACGGUCUCGAUAUCUUCCGAGUGUUCGACUCCCUUAACUACAUUGAGAACCUCAAGCUCGGUAUCGACGCAGCAAAGAAGGCCGGUGGUGUCGUGGAGGCUGCCGUCUGCUACAGCGGUGAUGUCGCUAGUCCGAAGGAGACGAAGUACACUCUGGACUACUAUCUCAACUUCGUGGACGAGUUAGUCGCUGAAGGGAUCCACAUUCUUAGUAUCAAAGACAUGGCAGGCCUGCUCAAGCCUGAGUCCGCGAAACUACUCAUCGGAGCAAUCAGGAAAAAAUAUCCUGACCUGCCCAUACAUGUUCAUUCCCACGACACUGCUGGUAUCUCGGUUGCCAGUAUGUUGGCCGCGGCCGCGGCCGGUGCUGACAUCGUGGAUGUUGCCAUCGACAGCAUGUCCGGCCUGACGUCGCAACCAUCGAUGGGUGCGGUGUGCAGCGCUCUCGAGCAGAGCGGCCUUGGAUCUGGCAUCCGUUAUUCUGAUAUUCAAGCCUUGAAUAUUUACUGGAGCCAGGUGCGGAUGCUCUACAGCUGCUUCGAGGCGAAUGUUCGCGCGUCGGAUUCCAGUGUCUUCGACCACGAGAUGCCGGGCGGCCAAUACACCAACUUGAUGUUCCAAGCUGCUCAGUUGGGCCUGGGCACACAGUGGACCGAGGUCAAGAAGAAGUAUAUCGAAGCCAACGAAUUGUGCGGCAACGUCAUCAAGGUUACGCCAACGUCCAAAGUGGUAGGCGACUUCGCACAGUGGAUGGUGUCCAACGGCUUCUCCGCGCAAGACGUUCUCGACCGUGCGGAGCAGCUCGACUUCCCUUCGUCUGUCGUCGAGUUCUUCCAGGGCUAUCUUGGACAGCCAGUCGGCGGGUUCCCUGAGCCUCUACGCACGAAGAUUAUCAGGAACAAGCCCAGGAUUGACGGCAGGCCCGGUAUCAACUUGCCUCCCGUGGACAUCAAAAAGACGAAGGCGGAGUUGCGCAGCAAGUUUGGCAAACAUAUCACCGACGCCGAUGUCACGUCUUACAUCAUGUAUCCGAAGGUCUUUGAAGAAUAUCAGGGCUUCGUGGAGAGAUACGGUGACUUGAGUGUGAUCCCGACCCGCUACUUCCUUGGAAGACCAGACAUUGGGGAGGAGAUGCACAUGGAAAUUGAGAAGGGCAAGACUCUCAUCAUCUGCCUAAUGGCCGUAGGCCCUGUCGUCGAAGGCCGUGCGCAGCGUGAUGUCUGGUUUGAGGUGAACGGAGAGGUGCGCGCCGUCUCAGUUGAGGACAAGAAUUCUGCGGUCGAGACCAUCUCGCGCGAGAAGGCGACGUCUGACCCUGGAUCCGUCGGGGCACCCAUGUCAGGUGUCGUUGUGGAGGUCAGAGUAAAAGAGGGUGCGGAGAUCAAGAAGGGAGACCCUAUGUGCGUGAUGAGCGCCAUGAAGAUGGAGUCCGCCGUGACAGCGCCUGUCUCUGGUCACGUCAAGCGCGUCGUCGUGCAAGAAGGGGAUUCGAUCAACCAAGGAGACCUCGUCGUCGAGAUUGUGCACUAA